UCUUCUUCUUCUUCUUCUUCUUCUUCUUCUUCUUCUUCUUCUUCUUCUUCUUCUUCUUCUUCUUCUUCGUUGAAUAUCUGAAUAAUAAUAAUGGGGAAUAAGGCACAAGAAACGUUUAUAGAAAUGAGUAAUGAUAAUAAGAAGAAUAAUGUGAAGGGAAUAAUAAUGGAGGAUCAUUGUGAAUGUAGCAGUGAUUCAUCAAUAUCCAUUGGAUCAAUCUCAGAAGACACAAUGGAUUCUUUGUGUUCAUCAUAUUCAUCUGAUGAGUUGACUGAGGAUGCAUCAUCAUCAUCAUUUUCUUCUUCUUCAUCAUCAUCACAUUCAAAAGAUGGACCUUUGUAUGAACUAUCAGAGCUCAUGAACCAUCUCCCUAUAAAGAGAGGGUUAUCUAUGUUCUAUGAAGGGAAGGCACAAUCUUUCACUUCAUUGGGAAGGGUGCAAAGCAUAGAAGAUCUUCCAAAGAAAGGAAUAACAACAACAACUUAUAGCAAGAGAAUGAAGUCUUGUAAAAGCUAUGGUGGAGGCUUGGAUAACCAUAAUAAUAAUAAUAGAAUAUCAUUCACUCCAAAGCCUACAAUUUCAAAGAAAACUUCUCCAUCCACAAGAGGGUCUUUUUUGUCUUUACAAAGCAAAAAAGGGAGUUUCCUUGGUGGCUCUAGGCCUUCUAUUUCUGUACACAAGAACUUUUGAAUUGUGUUUUAGCCAUUAUUGGGAGCUUAGGUUUUUCCAUCAUGUACAAAAAUCCGGAAAAUUUUUGUUUUUUAAUCCAAAUUUUCAGCUAAUUAUGAGUCUAAUUACCUAGAAUUAUGAUUCCUUGUUGCUUUGUUUUCCAUGGUGGUAUAUUAUAACUAGGGUUCAAUUAUUGAUAAGUAGGGAAAUGAAGGGGCUAUUAGUAUUAGGCAAUCACAAUUAUUGUGGGGAAAAAUGGGUAGAAAGGAAACUUAUGUAACCUUUUUUGUUUAACCUAUUAAAUAAAUUUGGAAAUGAGUUUCUCUAUUU